AUGAAGGGUGCUUUGUUCUUUUGCAUUUGCGCCACACUAGUCCCUAGGUUCAUAGACGCUGCGGCAACAAGAGCCGGCAGCAGCGCCCAGAAAUUCAGGAUCAGGAAUAACAAUAUACGAAAGGCAGUACGGCUAUGGAUGGCAGAUCGUACCACGGCCAGGAGAGUCUAUGGUCCCAUAGAAUCCUGGGAUACCGGCUUGGUAACAGCAAUGGACUCACUGUUCCUGGGAUCAGAGAACUUUGGCGAGGACAUCAGCGCCUGGGAUACCUCGAACGUGAAGAGUAUGCAGUGGCUAUUUUACAAUUCAGCUAACUUUACUGCGAAUAUCUCUGGUUGGGAUGUAUCUCAAGUUUCGGACAUGACAAUGGCGUUUGCAUACGCCAAGAACUUUCAAGGAGAUGUGACAACGUGGGAUACUCGCAGUGUCAAGAGUUUAUGGUACACAUUCGCUUACUCCAGUGGUGUCAAGGCAAACAUAUCGACUUGGAACACGGUCAACGUUGCUUCGAUGCAAGGAACUUUCCAGCAUAGCUCAGGGUUGGAACCAGGUGGUUCACUGCAUUGGGACACGACGAAUGUGGAGGAUAUGACUCACGUUUUCUCAAAUGCCUCCUGGUUCAACCAUGUCCUAUGCUGGAACUUGACUAGUGUAUCAGCCGAUUCGUUGCAACAGGCGUACUGCGACAACAAAAAACGUGGAGGAUUUGAUUGCAACUGUAUCCCUCCCGACCUGCGAGGUUCCAUAAACAGUGAAUGCUUUUUCCCAAGCCCCUCGUGUGCGAGAGACGUAGCCAUUUCGCGCUAA